AUGGAUGACCUCAAAUUAUUUGCUCCUAAUUAUACCCAACUGCUGGAGUUGCUACAAAUCACUAGUGAUUUUAGUAAUGCCAUCAGGAUGGAGUUUGGGACGGAUAAGUGUGCGGCCGUUCAUGUGGAGAAAGGUAAAAUUACAAGUUCAGAGGGCACUGAUAAUCCUCUGAACUUUAGAACCCUUUCUGAGGCUGAAACAUACCGAUACCUGGGCAUGUCACAAAAUGUCGGUGUUGAUGAGGGCAGCGUAAAACAAUCGGUUCGUGAUGUGUUUUUUGAUCGCCUGACAAAAGUUCUUAACAGUCUUUUGUCAGGCGCGAAUAAAGCACGCGCAUAUAACUGUUGGGUCAUGCCCGUCCUCACGUAUACCUUUGGCAUACUCAGGUGGACUCAAACCGAGCUCGACGCCCUGGACAGAAAAGUCCGCACAGUUAUGACGUCCCACAGGAUGCAUCACCCGAGAUCGUCAAUUAUGAGACUGUACUUACCGCGAAAGCAUGGUGGGCGAGGCCUUUUAAGUGCCCUCACCAUGCAUAAUCGCGAAGUGUGCAGCCUCCGUAGCUACUAUUUGGCGAAAUCGGGUGAUGGAAUCCACACGGAUGUCAUAUCUUGUGACAAAGAACUAACCCCCCUAUCCUUGGCCAACGAGCAAUGGCAGGACCCGGCAGUGCAGAGCGUCUCUGACCGGGAGGCAAUAUGGAAAGAGAAAGAGCUCCACGGGAGGUUCUACAAGGCUCUUCAUGAGCCCUUCGUAGAUACAGUAUCAUCCCACCACUGGCUACGCUUCGGGGACCUUUUCGGGGAAACCGAGGGUUUUGUCUGUGCGAUACAGGAUCAGGUUAUUAAGACCAACAACUAUCGGAGAUACAUCCUAAAGGACGGCACCGUCGACAUUUGUCGAGCAUGUCGCCGUCCCGGUGAGUCACUUAGGCAUGUUAUCUCCGGUUGUUCGGCGCUUUCUAACACUGAGUAUCUGCACAGACACAACUUAGUAGCCCGGAUUGUCCAUCAGGAGCUCGCUCUUAAGUAUGGUCUUCUGGAUGUUAGACUGCCUUAUUAUAAGUACGUCCCGGAAGCCGUGCUCGAAAAUAACCGCGCCAGGCUCUACUGGGACCGGUCCAUCAUCACAGACAGGACUAUUCCAGCGAAUAAGCCUGACAUUGUGUUGAUGGACCGGGCACAGUCAGGGAUAUUUUUGGUAGACAUAGCGAUCCCCCAUGACGAGAAUCUCGAGAAUGCCGCAACAGAGAAGAAAAGAAAAUAUCUAGACUUGGCACACGAGGUUUCUGACAUGUGGGGUAGCUUGUCGACUGAAAUUAUACCGAUAGUGGUUUCUGCAAAUGGUUUAAUUCCAGUCAGCCUCUCUGGAUACUUGAGGAGGCUGGGGCUCCGGGACGGUGUGCUCCGAGCUCAAAUGCAGAAAGCGGUGCUUCUCGAUACCGCCCGAAUUGUCCGCCGGUUUCUUUCCCUUUCUCCCUGA